AUGUCGUUCCUCCAAGCCCCCUCACCACAACUAGGACCCUCCAUCGUCAUCUGGAUCAACUCGCUCGCGUCGACAUUGCCCAGCUCGAACCGGACUGACGCGGAUGAUGUCGACGGAGGGGGCGAGCGCGGUGGGGCAGGGCGACGCGUCGUGAGGAGCUUGAAUGAUUUGAAUGAUGGGGUCGUAUUGGGGGAGAUUGUAGGGGAGGUGUGAGUUGUUCGUUCUGGGGUGCUUUGCUGUUUGGAGUUGGUGGUUGUGGUCUGGGCGAGAAGUAGGCGUAGGGGACGAUACAACACGAGCUGGAUUGCGAUUGUUUGGUCAACUUCGGACCAUGUGCGAGUGGGGUCAGGGGGGAGUGUAUGGUGCAUGGAUCACCUCCAAGACCUCGACCAAUACGACAUGGACGAUAUGCUUCGCAUCAAGCUGCAAGCGCCCGCCAUUACAACCCGACCUUCCGAGACUCCUAUAGGCUUACUUUGAGUCUUCUACGAGAUCCGCGCUAACCUUCUCUCCACCUUCCUUCAGUGAUCCGGCCUACUUCCGACCCCUCGCUACGACGACGAAGCAGAAAACGCUAUCCGAGAACUGGGUCUUGCGCUUCAACAACCUCAAGAGGCUGUACAAGCUCUUGAUCCGCUACUACGAGUCAGUUCACGCGCCCCCUUCCCCCUCCCCCACUUCUGGGGCUCGAGCGUCGGAGACGAAAGUUGCUGAGCGUGCGACUCUGCUCUGUACAGGGAUGUCUUGCGCUCGCCUACGGUUUCUCUUCCUACUCCCAACCUCCAAGUCAUCGCAAAAUCCGAUCCCACGAGUGAUGUCGAAACCUGUCGUCUCGCCGGCCUCGUACUCGCCCUGGCCGUCUGUUCCGAGAAGCGUCAAUUCUACGUCGAGAAGAUCCAAUCGCUCGACGAAUGGGUCCAACGUGAACUGAUGAUCUCGAUCGAGCAGGUCAUGAGUCGGAUCAAGACCAAGACACCUCCCUUGCCGAGCUCGGAGAUGCUGAAUGACAGGGAAGCCAUCGUCGAUGAGGAUCAUGAUGAUGGGGACAGCGAGUUUUACGCGCUGCAUCAGGAUCGAUCGAGGUUGCUUUCCGACAAGGACGCCUUGCAGAUCGUUUAUGAGGAACUCUUGAGGGCCCAUCGGACCCUGCAAGAGGAUCAUGAAGAGGCUUUGUCGGCCGUCGCGGCGGCCGAGGUAAGAGCGAACGAAGCCGUCGCCGUCGUCGAAGCGAACAGGGCCGAACGCGCCGACGCGGGCUACAAAGCCGAACUCGAUCGCAUGCGACAGGCCCUCCAACAAACCGAGGAUCAACUGAGCGAAGCGGAACAGAUUGUCGAAAAGCAGUCGAGGAUCGUCGAGGAGUUGCAGACCAGGGUCGAGGUUUUGGAACCCAAGGCGGCGGAGGCGACCAAGUUGAAGGACCAGAUGGACGAAUAUCGUCAUGCGGUGGAGAAGGCCAAGAAGGCGGAGAAUGUGAUUGAGAAGUACAAGAAGAAGUUGGAAGACUCCGCGGAUCUGAGGAAGUCGCUCAGGGUAGGGUAGCUUUCCGCCGGUUGCCUCGGGAAGGGGAUAAUGAAGCUGACUAUUCGGUGUUCGGCCCGCCGAAUGCAGACGCUGGAAGAGCAGAAUUCUGAUCUUCUAGAUCGGUACGGCACACUCGAGGAAGAACAUGCCAAGCUCGCCGCGUUCAAGCCCUUGAUGGACUCGUACAAGAACAAGAUCGACACCCUCGAAGGGAAAUCGUCGACCCUGACCAAGGAAAACGACAAGCUGCGGCUCGAGAUCCAACGCGCGACGGAAAAACUCAAAAUCGCGCAGGAGAAACAGAACAUGGAUCGUGAAGCGCUCGGGUUGUACGAGGAGCGAGUACACGAGCUGGAAGCGGGGCCGACACCUCGCAAGGCACCUCGAGAGGAUGUCGUGGCCGAGGACGACGAUGAAGAUUCAUUCGAGGUCAGAGGCGAGCUCGAUGAUGCGUUCCGAGGCACGACGAUGACGGACCUCAAGCUCCAAGUACGCAAGUUGAAGCGCCAACUCAACGAGGCCAUGACGAACUCGGCCGAACAUUCGCGCGUCGUCGUGCUCGAGAACUUGCUCGAGGAUGCGAAUCGGACCAAGGCCAAGUAUGAGAUGGAUUAUCUCCGUGGCCAUCGCGAGAGAUUGGGCGUCGAGGCCAAGUUGGAGGAGAUUAUUUCGAGAAAAUCGAGGCUUGGCGAUGGGUGGGUACCCGGAAGGGUCAAACCUUUGCUUCGAGGGAGCCAGUAUUUGACCUUUCGGUUAUGCACACAGUCCCGAAGCCGCUAUCGCACUGCGGAUGCGGUUGAACGAAACGGUCGAAGAGCUCGAGCGGUUACGACACGAUCGCGCCAAGCUUGAUGUCGAGUACGCGAAGUUGAAAGACGAACACACAAUAGCCAAGUCCGACUGUACGUUGUUGCUCUUUUCAUUUCCUCGAUUGACAUCAGCUGACAUGAGUUUCAUACCGCAGUGAUACUCGUCAAUAGGGACCAACUCGACAUCCUUAAAUCGUUGCGAGCCUCGGUGGCGACCGAAAAGGAAGCCUUGACGGCCGAAGUCGAACGGCUGAAAACCUCCUUGCGCGAUGCUGAGGACAAGGUUCAGAUGCAAAUGAGCCAGGUUGGUACUGACCUCCAAGCUCGGAAGCUCGCGAAACUGGAGACUGACGCCGAGUGCUUCUAACGCGCAGGUCAAUACUUUGCUCAUGGACAAGGUGUCGAUGCAAAAUGACGGCAUCAGCCAACGAAAGCAGAUGUUGGAACAGGAGAAGGAGUCGAGGUAAGUCUGAAUUGCCCGGGCAUCGACAGGGUGUGACCGCUGAAGCGGCUUCGCUCCACUUGAUUUUUUAGCCACCUGCGGACGUCACUGAUGAGCAAGAACAUGUCCGAGGAGGAUCGAGCCCGUGUGGGCGCGCUCCAAGAGGAGAACGAUAAAGCUGCGGCGGAGGUCAAGGAUCUCAAGGAGAAGUUGCUCAAGGCCAAAGCAGUGAGUCGGCAUUCGAGGCUGUUUCGAGCUUGAGCGAGCACCGAAUUAAACCUAAGGUGUGAUCCACACAGUUCAUCAAGAAUCAGGACAAGCUGUUGAGGGAACGGCACGCGGCUGCGAUCAAUGUAGGUUGUUCCGAAACUUUUGGAACGUCAGAUGUGAGCGAACGGGACUGACCAUUCCAGCUGUUCACGAACCAACCUGCAGGGCAUGGGCGAGGAAGCCGAGCAAGCUCAGCGGUCCCAGAUUGCUCAGCUCAAGGAGGACCUCGAACGGCAGAAGGUGAGUUCUAUGCGCGUUUUGAGAUUUGACUGAUGAUGUAAAGCCACUGACCGUCCGCGUUUGGUCAUCGAAACAAGAACAAUAUGGCCGAAGUCGAAGCCCGGUACCGACGCGAGCAACAGCUGAUGCUCUCGGCCUGGCACGAGCUUGGGAUGUGCACGAUGCGCGAAGGCGUCGCCAACGCUGGGCAUACCAAGUCCCAACCUGCAAGUUGGAUGGGGCAACAACGGCUGAGAUCGAAUGGGAAUGGGUUGGUGAGUCUCGAUUGAGGACAUGAGUGGCGAUCGCUCCGUUUCGAUUGCUGACUUGGCGGUGAAAAUCUUACGGCGCGUGGCUUGAACAGAGAUACGGCUGA